CCCAGCUCUGUCUCCCUCAUCCUCCCUGCCCGUCCUCAUCGACCCGGAGAAACACACAGAACAGUGGAUUGUAAUAACGGAUUGCAUUAGCUGGUUUUCGAGUCAGUGGAUUCGCAGUAAAGUCAAUGGAACUACAGGUUCUGGAAUGCUUCUGGAAGACUGAAAAAUUGCAUAUGUCACUCCACUCUUCAAGAAGGGAGGGAGGCAGAAGAAACAAAAUCAUAGGCCAGUUUGUCUGACCUCAGUGGUUGAGAAGAUAUUGGAGUCCGUUUUUAAGGAUGCGGUUUCGGAGUCUUUGAAGGCACAUGAUAAAGUAUGGUUUGCUCAAGGGUAUUGACGGGCUUGACCUGAACAUGGCAAUUCGAUCACAGCAGGAUCUGACAGUCACUCUGUGUAUCGGCAGCUGAAAACUGUGCGAGGAGAAAUGCUCGCCUGCUAUACCUCUGCUGGGAAGCGAUUUCAAUCCUCAUUGCGACUGGCAGGUCUGUGAGACUCGUACACAAGACAGAUCGUUCCAGAUUCCUCACUGUCGAUGGAGAUUUAAACACGUCCAGAGAAGGGAGCACUAAAGAAAGAAAGUAAACACACAUUGUGAGUGCGAUAGAUUUUCACUGAUCACCUACCAGCUUGAAUUCCUUCCCGUCAACCCACCUUCCUUUCUGGCUCCUUCCCACUUUCUUUCAAGUCAUGACAAAGGAUCUCUUCCCAAAACGUCAACUGUUUACUGCUCUCCGUAGAUGCCACCUGAUCUGUUUAGUUCCCCCAGCAUUUUGUGUGUGUUGUGAGAGAUUGUGAUAAUCGCUCAGCCAGUGGAAAAAUCAGGUGGAUAUUAUAGAAUGGAACUCUACAGAACACUUCAAUGCAGAAACAGGCUCUCUGACCCAUCCAGUCCAUGACGAAGUUUUCUUCCCGUCUUGGUGUUCCCUUAAGCAACUCGAGAAGUCAGAAACAGUUCGAGUUGUUAAUGGUUGGAAACAAAGCAAUCUCCUAUCCCAGCAGUAGUCUUAUCUUUGAUGCAGGGGUGACGUUGUUGUCUAUUGUGUGUCUGGUCAGUGGGCUGCAGAUGUAACCAUUGUUGAAAACACUUCACAUCAGUGACAUCAUUUCAUGUUCAUUAGGAAACGUUAAGCAUUCCAGUGCCCUGAUAACACACCAACAAAAGCACACAGCUGAGAUGCCUUUCACCUGCUCCGAGUGUGGAAAGGAAUUGUUGAGAGCUUCUCAACUACGUAUACAUCAGCGAAUUCACACUGGAGAGAGACCCUUUACCUGCUCAGAGUGUGGGAAGGGGUUCAGGGAGUCAGCUAACCUGAAGAAGCACCAGAAAAUUCACACAAGCGAGAGGCCGUUUACCUGCUCCGAAUGUGGGAAGGGAUUCAUUGAGUCAUCCAACCUGGUGACUCACCAGCGGGUGCACACCGGAGAGAAGCCCUUCACCUGCUCCGAGUGUGGGAAGGGAUUCAGUCGAUCAUCCCACCUCCUGAGGCACCAGCACAUUCACACCGGGGACAGGCCGUUCACCUGCUCCGUCUGUGGGAAGGGAUUCACCCAGUCAACCUAUCUGGUGAUGCACCAGCGAGUUCACGCCGCUGACAGACCGUUCAUCUGCUCUGUCUGUGGGAAACCGCUGGCUGAUUCCUCUCAACUACUGAUACACCAGCGAACCCACACAGCAGAGAAAUCAUUCAUCUGCUCUGUGUGUGGAAAGGGAUUUGCUCACUCAGCCAAACUGAAGAGACACCACCGGGUCCACACUGGGGAGAGACCGUUCAUCUGCUCUGAGUGCGGGAAGGGAUUCACUCAGUCAUCCUCCCUGCGGACACACCACCGUAUUCACACGGGGGAGAAGCCGUACACGUGCACUGAGUGCGGAUUGGGAUUCAGCACUUCAUCCAUCUUGGUAGCUCACCAGCGAGUUCACACUGGGGAGAGGCCAUUCACCUGCCCCGACUGCGGUGUGGGAUUCAGUCGGUCAUCGCACCUACAAACUCACCGGCGGAUUCACACCGGGGAGAAGCCGUUCAUCUGCUCCGACUGUGGUAUGGGAUUCAGUCGGUCCUCCAACCUGCUAAAACACCGGCGGGUCCACACUGGGGAGAGGCCGUUCACCUGUGCUCAGUGCGGGAAGGGUUUCACCCAGUCAUCCCACCUGCUCACGCACCAGCGAGUUCACACCGGCGAGCGGCCGUUCACCUGCUCCGAGUGUGGGAAGGGAUUCACCGAGUCCUCUGGUCUGCUCACCCACCAGCGGGUCCACACCGGGGAGAGACCAUUCAGCUGCUCUGAGUGCGGGAAAGCAUUCACUCUCUCCUCUUACCUGCUGAAGCAUCAGCGUGUUCACACCAGAGUGAGACCGUUCACUUCCUCCGAGUGUGGGAAGGGAUUCAAAGUCUUUUCCAAGCUGCAGAAUCACCAGCAAGUCCACACGGGGGAGAAGGAUGCCGACCUGGGCUCCGGCUCUCCGGGCCAGGCCAGGCCAGGCCGGCUGGAGGCUCCGGCAGCCCGGAGGUGGGAGAGAGGAGCCGGGGGGCAGGAGGACGCCGGUUCCCAGGCCGCGCAGGCGCACCGAACAUGCGCGGUGCUGCGGCGGAGCGAGGAGCCCCGAGGAGACGAGCGCUGGUCCACCAACAAAAAUAACACUGUUGAGAUGCCUUUCACCUGCUCUGAGUGUGGAAAAGGAUUAUCAAAUCCUUCACAACUACUGAUACAUCAGCGAAUUCACACCGGAGAGAGACCCUUUAGCUGCUCAGAGUGUGGGAAGGGGUUCACGCAGUCAGCCAACUUGAAGAGACACCAACAAGUUCACACAGGGGAGAGGCCAUUUACCUGCUCUGAAUGUGGGAAGGGAUUCACUCAGUCAUCACAUCUAGUGACCCACCAGCGGGUGCACACCGGAGAGAGGCCUUUCACCUGCUCCGAGUGUGGCAUGGCGUUCAGUAGAUCUUCCAUCCUGGUUACCCACCAGCGAGUUCACACCAGGGAGAGGCCUUUCACCUGCUCCAAGUGUGGGAAGGGAUUCAGUCGGUCAUGUAACCUGGUUACACACCAGCGAGUACACACCGGAGAGAAGCCCUUCACCUGCUCCGAGUGUGGGAAGGGAUUCAGUCGAUCAUCCCACCUGCUGAUACAUCAGCAGGUUCACAGUGGGGAGAGGCCAUUCACCUGCUCCGACUGCGGGAAAGGGUUCACUCAGUCAUCUACCCUGCUGAAACACCAGCGAGUUCACACCGGGGACAGGCCGUUCACCUGCUCCGUCUGUGGGAAGGGAUUCACCCAGUCAACCUAUCUGGUGAUGCACCAGCGAGUUCACGCCGCUGACAGACCGUUCAUCUGCUCUGUCUGUGGGAAAGAACUGGCAGAUUCCUCUCAACUACUGAUACACCAGCGAACCCACAAAGCAGAGAAAUCAUUCAUCUGCUCUGUGUGUAGAAAGGGAUUUGCUCACUCAGCCAAACUGAAGAGACACCACCGGGUCCACACUGGGGAGAGACCGUUCAUCUGCUCUGAGUGCGGGAAGGGAUUCACUCAGUCAUCCUCCCUGCGGACACACCAGCGUAUUCACACGGGGGAGAAGCCGUACACGUGCACUGAGUGCGGAUUGGGAUUCAGCAGGUCAUCCAUCUUAGUAGCUCACCAGCGAGUUCACACUGGGGAGAGGCCGUUCACCUGCCCCGACUGCGGUGUGGGAUUUAGUUGGGCAAAGAACCUGCAAACUCACCGGCGGAUUCACACCGGGGAGAAGCCGUUCACCUGCUCCGACUGUGGUAUGGGAUUCAGUCGGUCCUCCAACCUGCUAAAACACCGGCGGGUCCACACUGGGGAGAGGCCGUUCACCUGUGCUCAGUGCGGGAAGGGUUUCACCCAGUCAUCCCACCUGCUCACGCACAAGCGAGUUCACACCGGCGAGCGGCCGUUCACCUGCUCCGAGUGUGGGAAGGGAUUCACCGAGUCCUCUGGUCUGCUCACCCACCAGCGGGUCCACACCGGGGAGAGACCAUUCAGCUGCUCCGAGUGCGGGAAAGCAUUCACUCUCUCUUCUUACCUACUGAAGCAUCAGCGUGUUCACACCAGAGUGAGACCGUUCACUUCCUCCGAGUGUGGGAAGGGAUUCAAAGUCUUUUCCAAGCUGCAGAAUCACCAGCAAGUCCACAAGGGGGAGAAGGAUAACUCGCACCGAUUUUGCCCCAGCCGGGGACUGCUUCUCGGGCCCUUGACAAUAUUCAGCCUCGGCAUUGACUUAAUCCGCGAUCCGAGGCUCAGCUUCGACCCGCCGCCGAACUCUCAGAGGCCGCUGUGUGUCUGGGACGCCGAUCAGUGUCCGGUGCCCGCUACAAUGAGCCUUCGACAGUGUCCCGACUGCGGGAGAAACUACAAACGGCCCAACGAUUUGAUGAGGCAUCAGCGGAUUCACACGGGGCAAAGGCCGUUCACCUGCUCCGAAUGUGGGAAAGGAUUCACCGAGUCUUCCAUCUUACUGAGACACCAGCGCGUUCACACCGGAGAAAGACCUUUCACUUGCUCCGAGUGCGGGAAGGGAUUCAGCCGAUCGUCCAGUUUGGUGACCCACCGGCGAGUCCACACGGGCGAGAAGCCGUUCGUCUGUUCCGAGUGCGGGAAGGGAUUCACCCAGUCGUCCAGCCUGGUCACACACUAUCGGGUUCACACCGGAGAGAGGCCGUUCAGCUGCCCUGUCUGUGGGAAGGGAUUCACUCAGUCGUACGGCCUGGUGAUCCACCAGCGAAUGCACACGGGAGAGAGGCCGUUCAGCUGCCCUGACUGUGGGAAGGGCUUCACUCAGUCCUACAGCCUGGUGAUCCACCAGCGGAUGCACACAGGAGACAGGCUCUUCACCUGCUUCCAAUGUGGCAAGGGAUUCACCGAAUCAUCGGCCUUAUUGAGGCACCAGAGAGUUCAUGCCGGCUAGAGCCCCAUCACCUGGUCUGACUGCGGGAGGGAGUUCACCGACUCUUCACCUGUCGACCCGCCGCCGAGUUCCUACCAGCGGAAGGCCGUUCGGCUGCUCUGCAUGCCGGACAGGAUUCACUUGUUCAUCUGCCUCGCUGGCUCACCUGGAGGCUGUUUUGUGCUGGGGAGAGGACAAUCGCCUGCUCCGGGUGCCGUGUCGGAUUUGCUGGUCAGCCAGGGUCCCGAGACAACGAGCAACUGGAACAGAUGUGGAAUUUGUACGCGCCGCAGCCGCCGAGACGCCAGCCAGCCUGAAGACAGACCCUGGGCGGAAAGGCGACACGGGGCACAGCUCUGCCGACGUGAGUGACUCCUAUGACUGAACCGGAGCUAAAUGGGUUCAAGACUAAGAUACCAGUUUGCGUUAAAACAUUCCGUGACGCGUCCUUUGUGUUAACAACUGACUCCUGGAUGGUUGCGGGUCAAGAACGCGCGGGGGGCAGCCCGCCAGGGCCAACGUAGCUCGUCAGAACAAAACAGACAACAAAACAACAGCAGCAAAAUAAAGCCCCAUUCCUCCCGCCCCAUCACUCACACGGUCCUUUAACCCCAGGGCGUUCCACCCCCGCUGUCGAUUCGGCUCGGACUUACAGACUAAUAAAGCGGUUUGGUUUGAAACACCCGUCUCUCAAGCCCCUAUAUCUGUGAGAAUCUGAAACUUAGUUCCACACAGCUAUAGGUACACCCGGGAGAAGAUGUCCUCUCCGCCUAGCGUGUCUGCUCCACGCCGGCCUCCUUCCAGCUCACCCGCGGGAUCAUUCUGCCGUUCAUCGGGCGCCAGCUUCCAGGUAUCGGUGAUUGUCCGCAUGGUGGCCCAAGGGGAGAGAUUUCCCCGGAAUCCCCGCCAGGGAAGGACGGCAUCUGAUGCCAGAUAAUCCCCGUUACUGGGGGUCUCCGGCGUCAGAGGCGAGUUAAACUCUUUUCUCCCAGCCCGCGUUCAACGCCACUCAUAAAAGUACACUCGAAAGGGCUCAGCUGGGGAUGUGCCGCAAAUCCCGUCUUUCCCAGAACGUGCAAUUCCACACCGGCCUCACAGACAGCGUCCUCGCAUCUGCUUUGGAGCAGAACCCUCUCGCAGAAUACAGGAACCACAGCGAACUAAGUGUCAGGGCGUGUACGGUCCAGGACAAAGAAGUGGACGAGAAAAUCACUGCAGACGCGACCCACCCUGCAAACUGCUUUUCCCAGAAGUCCCCUCCUGGGAAGUGUUAAAGGGCUAUUAAAACAAAACAGGAAAGAGUGUCUCUCCCCACCCCCCGGUAAUUAAUCUGAUCGACCAUUCCAGUUGCCUCCUUCCACAUUACCUCAGUCACUGGAAUGUAGUGUUAACACAUUAAAUUGCUGUUUACAUUGUCAAUACACGCUGCUAUUUGUGUGUUUACGCACAUUUCAUCUCAAAUCCGUGCUUGUAACUUUAUUUUCAGAUAGUUUUUUACUCUCUGUAAAUGUUGAAUGUUGUUUUUUUGUUGCGUGUCGCAUCAACACACCGCAGCAGAUUCCUAAUACAUGUGAACGUACUUGGUGAAUAAAGUGAAGUUUUCACAC